GGAGGCUGUAGGAUGGAAAACCCUGGAUCUCAGCUUCACUUCUCAAAGCUGAGGAUAUCUGUGUGGACAGGAGCGGUUUCUGUAAGGCGCGCUUCACAAAGGGCGUCAACACUUUUCAUUGGUAAAAUUGCCCCGAUUCCGACUGUUCUCAAGGAAUAUCCAGGUAAUUGAAAAGGCUAGUGAUGGAGUGGAGUGUGUUUGUCCUGGUGUUGUCCUUUUGUCCACUGCACACGGUCCACGCGGAUUGUGCCAACUGGUGUUCGACAUGCAAUUCAGUCCUGGACAGCUCAAUCAAACCAUUGACCUGCACUUUAGAGUGUGAAGGGGUAGUGCUUUCUACCAAUGAGUGGGAAAAAUGUGACAAAGCUUUUCACUCAUACAAGCCUGACCAUUUUGGCAUUGUUGAUGAAGACCUUGUUGACCUAGGCACUGAUGGAAAGGAAGAUGAGGGUGCAGAGGCACAUUUUGGAAAACCGCAUAAUAGUCUUGUUAAUCAUGAUGGGGGCUUCAUGAAGAAGAUUGACAAGAGCAGAAUUUAUGCCAAACAAUUAGCCCAACAAAAUGGUUACAAUGGACAAAAUCUGAAGUAUGGAGGAAUUCUGCAUAAGUUUGGUGAAAGGGAUGCAACUGAACUAGAGAAGAAUUCUCAGGAACUUGAAGCUGCAGUGGAGAAUCUUCUGGAAAAAAGUAGUGACAGCCCCAACAUCCAAGAGCUAAAGCGUUAUGGAGGAUUCAUGAAAGGCUUUGGUUACAAAAGAAGUGCAGAACUGGGUGAUGAAGAAAAUCAAAAUAUGGAGCUUCAAAAGAGAUAUGGGGGUUUUAUGAGAAGAAUUGGUAGACCAAGAUAUAAAUGGGAUAAUCAAAAAAGAUAUGGUGGCUUCCUGAGGCGCCAUUUCCGGGUUUCAGUCAGGUCAGAUGAUGGUGAUGCAAAUGAUUAUUCUGAAGAGAAUUCAGACUUCUAAAAGAGCCAAAGUGAUGUGCAUCUAGAUGUGAGAAAGCACUCUGCCAAGAUAGAUUCAGUAUUGAAACUAUAAAUGUAUUGUUUUGAAUGCACAGAUAUUUUUGCUAUUAAGUUUACAAUAGGCUGUCUAAACAGCAGUUAAAUCAGUUGAAUCUGUACUUUGUUGGCAUAGUUUGUGAAUCCAAUAAAAAAAAGUUCUCUAGA